UGUUGUUCGCGUGUCCCUUUUCCCAGUUCGCUGCAUCCGCGAGGUGCGAGUGUUUGUCCGUGGAAACGGCCAACUGUUGCAAGUGGCGGCAGGAGCAGGAAGGCAAGUGUCAGGUGUCGGGUGCCAGGAUAACGGCUUCAAUUACAGGUGCAGCGAUAAAGUGCAGCAAACUGCAGGUGUGUAAUUGAAUUACGACGUUGUAAGCCAGUUUUAUGGCCAGCGAAGGGGAUUGUGUUUCGAGGACAUCUUUUGUAAAGAGUUUAUUUCAAUUUUAAGAGAAUUAUUUUCAGAAUGGCCAACUCCAAACGAAAAUUGCCCACAAAAGCUACUUCUCCGGAGAGCGCCACGGCGGCUAAGGAUAUGCACAGUCAGGCAGACAAAUCUUCAACCGAAAAGGUUCCUCCCGCACCAAGGGAAACCUCAGUCCUUGGGCAAUUCUUUCGCGAAUGCCUCGGCCAUGAGCUGAGCAACUUCACCAGUUUGUCCCAUUUCACCACCUGGCUGCAAAGACCUGUGGAUGGAGCCGCUUUGGGCAUCUUCCGGAUGCUGUACGGCGCUGCCAUGCUGAUCGACAUAGCCGAGGAGCGUGGCGGUGGUCAGCUGGAUGUGCGGUUUGGCGAGCCCCAUCAUUGCCACUUUCCGCUCUUCAGUGGGAUGCGGGCACUGCCAUAUCCGUGGAUGGGCUGCGCUUACCUGUGCAUGUGGCUGGGGGCCUGGGGCAUCACGCUGGGAUUUCGGUUCCGGGUGAGCUGUAUAGCUUUCUUGGUGCCCUACUGGUACAUCUUCCUGCUGGACAAGCCGACGUGGAACAAUCACAGUUAUUUAUUUGGGCUGACGGGUACCUUAAUGCUCUUUACCCAGGCGGAGUCUUAUUGUUCCCUGGACAGCUGGCUGCAUCCGCGGCGGAGGAGUCGCUGUAUACCCUACUGGAACUACUUUCUCAUCAAGUUCCAGUUCUUUGUGCUUUACUUGUACGCGGGGCUGAAGAAGUUCUCCCUGGAGUGGCUCUCGGGCUAUGCCAUGUCCAAUCUCAGCCAUCACUGGCUGUUCACUCCAUUCCGCCAGAUGCUGGACUCGGAGAUGAUCGACCUGCUGAUUGUACACUGGUUCACCGCUGUCUUUGAUCUGUCCAUUGCCUUUUUUAUGACUGUGGAGAAGACCCGCGUGCUGGUCACUCCCUUUAUGCUAAGUUUCCACCUGAUGAACUCCCGGCUUUUUGUGAUUGGCAUGUUUCCCUGGGUGUGCCUGGCCGAGGUGCCGCUAUUCUUUAGCCCCGACUGGCCAAGGAGGAUAUGCGGUGGCCUAUCAAAGCCACCUCUACCCUGUCACCCCUCAACAGAGGCUAGCAAGCAGCCAGGAAUCCUGGCCAGGCUGCGCACCUGCCUCAUCCUAGGAUACUGCUUUCUGCAGCUCUUCCUGCCCUACUCCCACUUCAUUACCAAAGGCUACAACAACUGGACCAAUGGUCUGUACGGCUACUCCUGGGACAUGAUGGUGCACUCGUACGACACCCUGCAGACCUCCAUCCAGGUGGUGGACAAUGAGAGCCGGCAGGUGCACAACCUCAACCCAUACGCCUUCACGGAGUACGAUCGCUGGACCAAGUAUGCCGACAUGGCUGUGCAGUAUGCCAAAUGCAUUGAGGAGAAUCUCCGGGUGGGUCAGCCGGCGGCUAUUGGUAGCAACAUCUCUGUCUACUUUGACAUCUGGUGCUCCAUGAACGGCCGCUUCCAGCAGCGCUCCUUUGAUCCGCGUGUGGAUCUCCUCCAGGCCAAGUGGUCACCCUUUGAGAGCACCUCCUGGUCGCUGCCUUUGCUCACCGAACUGAAUCACAUGAGGCCCAAGCUAAGGACAAUUGAGACUGAGGUUCUAGCUUGGAAUAACUACUCCGAUGUGAUCUUUGUGGCCGAUUUUCCUGGCCUAACAUUGACCAACUUUAUCUCGCCGGAUUUGAUUAAUUGCACACUGACCAUCCUAGAGGGCAAUGUGCGCUACAGGAACGAGAAGGAUCCAGAAGAGUACUUCCUCACAGCCGGCAAGAGCAUUGGUCUGGAGAGCAACAUUACCCACCUGGUGACCACAAUAGGUCAGCGGCCAGCUUCCUAUUUGUUCACCUACACCAACAAGACCAUGAUGGAGCAGGGCCUCACGAUAGAGGACCCCGAGGCUUUGGCAGAGGAUCGACCUGUGCUGCCCCUGUGGCAGGAGUUUCAGCAAAGGGUGAGCAACUACCAACAGUUCCUGGGCCACAUGGCCAACUGCCUGCUGUACUUGCUCUACGAUGUGCCCAUUCCGCUGGCCGUGAGGGAGAGAGAUUGAGAUUUGAGACGGGAAUGUCUCCGAUAUAGGUGAUAGAACUGAUAAUAAAUGUUCCAUGUGGUACCACAGCA